AUGCCCCGCCCGCGAGUUGGUGGUUCAGCUUGUCCCGCGACCAAGCCUGGUAGCGGGGAGCGGUGCCUACGCAGCUCGAGCGCAGCCGCCUUAGGAUGGCACCGUGCGCUGAAGGUGAAGCGCGGGCUGCUCUCCAGGAGCAGCGGAGCAAGAGAGUCAACGGAGCGACGGCAGGGCGGCAAGGACUGCGCGAGUGGGAGCAGCGGGGGCGAAGGAGCGGGCGAGGAGGCAAAGAGCUCCGCGUUCACCCGGCGGGAGAACGUGACAGAGUUCGGCGCGGGGUGCUUGCCCUGGGCAGAGGUGCCCAGCUUCCUGGAGCGGACGCCGCAGGGCAAAGGGCUGCGCGGGCAGCGCAACUUCUGCAGGAACCCGGACGGCAGGAGCAGGCCCUGGUGCUUCUACAGGAACAACCGCGGCAGGGUUGACUGGGGCUACUGUGACUGCAGACAAGGAUCAGUAAGACUUAAAGGUGGCAGAAAUGAGUUUGAAGGCACAGUUGAAAUAUAUCUAAAUGGAAUAUGGGGAACAAUCUGCAGUAACCAUUGGGAUAAUGCUGACGCUUCAGUGAUAUGUCAACAACUUGAACUUGGAAAGAGAGGCACAGCAAAGCACACCCUAUUUUCUGGACUGAGCCUUAUUCCUGUACACUGGACCAAUGUGCAUUGCCAUGGCAAUGAAGAAAACAUCCUGUUAUGUGAAAAAACUAUUUGGCAGGGUGGAACGUGUCCCCAGAAUAUGGCAGCUGCUGUCACAUGUAGCUUUUCCCAUGCCUCUGGUUUUAUUCCAGUCCGAUUGGUGGAUGGGAGCAGUACUUAUGAAGGAAGAGUUGAAGUGUAUCAUGCUGGCCGAUGGGGAACCAUCUGUGACGACCAGUGGGAUGAUGUUGAUGCUGAGGUAGUCUGCAGGCAGCUUGGCUUUGGUGGAGUUGCCAAGGCAUGGAGCCAGGCUUAUUUUGGAGAAGGCUCGGGUCCUGUGCUACUGGAUGAGGUACGCUGUACAGGAAAUGAGUUGUCUAUAGAACAGUGUCUAAAGAGUUCCUGGCAAGAACACAACUGUGGCCAUAAAGAAGAUGCAGGAGUUUCAUGCACACCCCUGGAAGAUGGUGCAGUCCGACUAGUUGCUGGGAAAGGCAAUCAUGAGGGACGGCUGGAGGUGCUUUAUAAUGGACAUUGGGGCACAGUCUGCGAUGAUGGAUGGACUGAAUGGAACACGCAGGUGGUUUGUCGGCAACUGGGCUUUAUGAAUGGGAAAAUUGUUUCAGAAGGCUACCUAGAAGAAAAUACAGGACCCAUCUGGCUGGAUGACAUUACCUGCUCUGGAAAAGAAGCUAGCAUCCUGCAGUGUUCUAAGGGGGAAUGGGGACAGCAUGAUUGCAGCCACCAGGAGGAUAUUAGUAUAAGUUGCUAUCGAGAUAAUGACAGCCACAAAGUCUUGUUAG